AGUUUCACCUAAGCUGGUCACAUAUAAGUUAGAUCUAUUUGUAUUUUAGACAUUUGUGAAACAACCAAAUAUUUAUUUGAAAAUGAAGGAUUUUAUACAAAAUUAUGGAUUGUUUCUUCUAUUAUUAGUGUUUGGUUGCAUUUUUAUUACGAGAGCUGAGGAUAAUGCAGAAACCGAAGAUGGAAAUUGUCGAUUUGGACAUUGGAAGUGCUUGAAAACUGGAAAAUGCAUUCCACUUAGCUGGAAAUGUGAUUCAGACCCAGAUUGUGGCGAUGGUGACGAAUCUGAUGAACAAAGUUGUCCUCCUAAGACAUGUGCUGAAGAAGAAUUUAGUUGUUCUAAAAAUUCCACUGGCAGAUGUAUCCCUAACCGAUGGAAAUGUGAUAAUGACCCUGACUGUGAUGAAGGAGAAGAUGAAGAUAAGUUACUCUGUGAGAAAAGAAAUAGCACAGAGAUUUGUCCACAUAACGAGUUCUCCUGUGGGGAUGGCAACUGUGUAAGCAAUGAGUGGAGGUGUGAUGGUGUUGAAGAUUGCGAAAAUGGAGCUGAUGAACAGAACUGCACUAAAACUUGUGAUGAACAAAUGUUUAUGUGUCAAGAUGGCCGAUGCAUUUCAAGUUCAUGGCAUUGUGAUGGUGAUCAUGAUUGUUUAGACAUGUCAGAUGAGGAAAAUUGUGGAGAGAAAGUAUGCACAAGUGAUGAAUUCAAAUGUGAUGAUAAAUCAAGAUGUAUUGAUAUCAAAUGGAAAUGUGAUGGUGACUUUGAUUGUGGUGAUCACACAGAUGAAACUAGCAAUUGUACACACAGUCACACUCACUCAGAAGAACCAGAAGUCUGCAAUCCAACAUCAGAAUUCAAGUGUCUCACAUCUGGGGAAUGUAUACACAAGUCAUGGCAGUGUGAUGGUGAUCCGGACUGUACUGAUAGCUCUGAUGAAGGCAAAAAUUGUAAUUACACAUGCAGAGAUGAUCAGUUUAUGUGUGAAAACCAUGUUUGCAUAUCAAAUAGCUUGAAAUGUGAUGGGAAUGAGGACUGCUUAGAAGGAUCUGAUGAAAAAGAAUGUACGAGAACAUGUGAUGAAAUAGAUGAAUUUGAUUGUAAUGGAGAUGGCUCAUUCUGUAUUCCGGAGCAUAAAGUUUGUGAUGGUAAAAAUGACUGUCAGCGUAGAGAAGAUGAGGACCCUUUUCUUUGUCAUACCAAAGAGGAUUUACCUGAACGAAACCCAUGCCUGAAUCAUAAUUGCACUCAUGACUCGCAUUGUGUUAGAAAAGCAUUUCACAAUAACACAUUUCAAGCUAUAUGUGAAUGUGAUAGUGGAUAUAGAUGGGUGGAAGAUGAGCAGUUAUGUAAAGACAUUGAUGAAUGUGAAGAGCCGGGUCUUUGUUCUCAGAUUUGCAUCAACACUCGUGGUGGAUAUAAAUGUGAUUGUAAUCCUGGCUACACUCUUCAGAGGCACUACUUCUGUCGGGCCGAUGGUGAACAAGCGUGGUUGUACUAUGCAAACCGUAGGGAUAUCCGUAGAUUGAGAACAGACUCUAGAUACAUGGAGAUAAUUGUAGAAGAAACAACUAACAGCAUUGCUUUAGAUAUUGAUUAUGAAGAUGGCCUGAUGUUCUGGACAGAUGGUGGAACUGAAAAAAUAAUGAGAGCUAAGGUUGGUGGUGAUGCAGUACUUGCUAAUGAUAUCCAGGCAGUGAUAAGUAAUAUAAAAGGAGAUCCCUUUUCCACUGAUGGUAUAGCUGUAGAUUGGCUUAACAAGAAUUUCUACUGGACAGACACUGGAUCUAAUACCAUCAGCGUUGCAACUUAUGCUGGUGACAAAUCUAAGACAUUGAUUUCUGAAGAUCUUGAUGAUCCAAGAGCUAUAUGUGUGGAUCCAGAAAAUGGAUAUAUGUACUGGACAGAUUGGGGACAUGAACCCAAGAUUGAGAGAUGUGGUAUGAAUGGUGAAAACAGGAAAACUAUUGUCGAAGGUGGUGAUGACUUACAGUGGCCAAACGGUCUUACUAUUGAUUACAUCGGGAAGCGUAUAUAUUGGAUUGAUUCAAAACUUCACAAGAUUGGAACUGCUAACAUGGAUGGAAGUGACCAGCGCCAUGUUCUAGUGGACUCUUCUGAGAUUAGACGACCAUUCUCCAUCUCUGUGUUUGAAGAUUCUCUGUACUGGACAGACUGGCAUACUAACUCCAUCCGUUCUAUCCACAAGGUUACUGGUAGAAAUCCUAAGACAUUAUCACUUGGUUCAUAUUCAGUGAUGGACAUCAAGGUGUAUCAUGAGCUCAGACAAGUUCGAGAUUUUAAGGAGCAAGCAAAGGCAUUAUGUAGAAAUGCUCAGUGUGAGUACAUGUGUUUGCCAGCAGCUAAGGUCACAAAGAAUGCUACUGUGUCAUGUGUUUGUGCUGAUAACCAAAAUCUUAAUAAUGACAAGAGAUCUUGUACUGCUGCACAAGUUACUCCCAAACCAGCAACCAAAGUACCUGAUACCACACAGAAACCUGGCGAAACCACACACAAACCUGAUGUUACAACAAAGACACCAAGUGAAACAAAGAAACCCAUUCAAACUACCAAAGGGGGUUACACUGUCGUACCAGGAACAUCAACUGUGUGGUAUGCUGAGGAGCACGAAGGAAACGGGUGA